GGGAGGUGGGGAACCUGGUUCCGGCAGUGAUUAGUUUGUAUGAAACCGCAAGCCGCUGCCUUUUACAGCCAUAUACGUCAGUAUUGAUCCGGACAGCGCGCCCAUUAAGCCCAUAGAGCUUUGAUGAUAUUCAUCAGCGGUGUUAGCUCAAGUAUUUAGCGCUUGGCUGUUAACGGGCCGCGUCACAUUAACACAAUGAAGAAGGUUGCCCUGCUGCUGCUGGUGUUGCUCGGCGUCGCGCAUUUUGCAACUCUCAGCCGAUGUGAAGAAGAUGUUAAAGAGGACAAGAAGGAUGCUGAGGAAGAAGACAGUGACGAUGAGUAUGAGGAGGAAGAGGAGCAGGGAGAUGAUGGAAGCACGGAGGUGAAAGAAGAGAACGGGGUGCUGAUCUUCACCGACAGCAACUACGACGCUUUCAUGGCAGACAAAGACACGGUGCUGGUGGAGUUUUAUGCCCCAUGGUGUGGCCACUGUAAACAGUUUGCUCCGGAGUAUGAAAAAAUUGCCCAAACUCUUAAGGAGAAUGACCCGCCCAUACCUGUUGCCAAGGUGGAUGCAACGGUAGCCAAGGAGGUAGCGGGCAGGUUCGAAGUGACUGGGUACCCCACCAUCAAGAUCAUUAAAAACGGGCAGCCUGUGGAUUACGACGGCGCGAGAACAGAGAAGGCUAUCGUGGACCGAGUGAAAGAGGUGGCUCAGCCAGACUGGAAGCCCCCUCCUGAGGCGACACUGGUGCUCACCAAGGACAACUUUGACGAAACGGUUAACAACGCUGACAUCAUCCUGGUGGAGUUCUACGCUCCAUGGUGCGGACACUGUAAGAGUUUGGCUCCGGAGUACGAGAAGGCAGCCAAGGAGUUGAGCCUGCGCUCGCCUCCCAUUCCGCUGGCCAAGGUGGACGCCACCGUGGAGAACGAGCUCGCCUCCCGCUUUGAAGUUACGGGCUUUCCCUCCAUCAAGAUCUUCAGGAAGGGCAAAGUGUUUGAGUACAACGGACCCAGAGAGCACCGCGGCAUCGUUGACUACAUGGCCGUACAGGCAGGGCCUCCCUCCAAGCAGGUCCAGGCGGUGAAACAAGUGCAGGAGCUAAUCAAGGACGGCGACGACGCCGUCAUAGUCGGCGUGUUCUCCAGCGACGAGGACGCCGCCUACGCGCUCUACACCGAAGCUUCUAAUGCGCUGAGGGAAGACUUCACCUUCCUUCACACCUUCAGCUCCGAGGUGGCCAAACUGCUCAAAGCGUCGCCGGGUCAGAUUGUCUUGGUUCAGCCCGAACGGUUCGCCUCAAAGUACGAGCCAGCGUCUCACACUCUUGCAGUAAAGGACUCUACGCCUGUGUCAGAAGUGCAGGAGUUCUUCAAAAAACAUGCAAUCCCUCUGGUGGGCCACAGGAAACCGAGCAAUGAUGCCAAGCGCUACACCAAACGACCCCUAGUGGUUGUGUACUAUGGAGUGGACUUCAGCUUUGACUACAAGAAAGCUACACAGUUCUGGAGGUCCAAGGUGCUUGAGGUGGCCAAGGAUUUCCCAGAAUACACAUUUGCCAUUGGCGAUGAGGAAGACUACGCCGAUGAGCUGAAGGGCCUCGGCCUGAGCGACAGUGGAGAGGACGUUAAUGUGGGAAUUCUGGCAGAUGGGGGCAAAAAGUUUGCGAUGGAGCCGGAGGAGUUUGAUGCCGACGUGCUGAGGGAAUUCGUUAAGGCUUUCAAAAAAGGAAAGCUGGACCCCAUCAUCAAGUCUGCGCCGGUGCCAAAGAACAACAAAGGACCAGUGAAGGUUGUGGUGGGAAAGACCUUCGAUGAGAUUGUCAUGGAUAAAGAGAAGGACGUCCUCAUUGAGUUUUAUGCUCCCUGGUGUGGCCACUGUAAGAAACUGGAGCCUGACUAUUUGGCUUUGGGCAAGAAGUAUAAGGGGGAGAAGAACCUGGUGAUUGCCAAGAUGGACGCCACCGCCAACGACGUGCCGAACGAGCGCUACGCGACUGGAGGCUUCCCUACGAUCUACUUGGCGCCGAGCAACGACAAGCAGAACCCCAUCAAAUUUGAAGGUGGAGACAGAACAGUAGAGGGCUUCAGCAAGUUCUUGGAGAAGCACAGCACCAAGCUAUCACAGAAGAGAGACGAACUUUGAGUGUCUCGCGAUGAUUAGCUAAGAACUAUUAAACGUGGGGCGGGAAGUUACUGAGUUGCUGUUAUAAUUGCAAUGACCAAUCAUCCUUUUUAAGUUUGUUUGUUCUAAAAGCAUGUAAGUACUAUGGGACGUUUCCAUUUUUUUUUUCAAUAAAACAA